AUGUGUGACCUAAGCGACUUUGAGAGUGAUAUGAUCGUCAGUGCCAGUUGCCUCUCUCUCUCUGGUGUGCACAUAUCCCAGGUAAUGUAUGGUUGUGAGUGGGAUGAAGAGACUGGUAUCACUGAUGUGUUGUUCCAGUAUGGUCAUGAUAGAGAGGAUUUCAUCUCAUUUGACCUAAAGACAAUGACAUGGGUCACUCCAAAGCCACAGGCUGUCAUCACCAAACACAAGUAUGACAGUAACAUAGCUGUCAAUGAGGGGUAUAAGCAUUACCUCACCCAGAGGUGUAUAACUUGUCUCAAGAAGUAUCUGCAGAAUGGGAAGAGUACUCUGCAGAGGACCCAUGUCUCUCCCCCAGUGUCUAUCCUCCAGAAGACCCCCCCCUCUCCAGUUGUGACAUGUCAUGCUACAGGUUUCUACCCCAGAGGAGUGAUGGUGAUGCGGAUGAGAGGAGAACAGGAUAUCCAUGAGGAUGUGAAGUAUGGAGAGACCCUCCCCAACCACGACGGGAUCUUCCAGAUAAGGUCUCGUCUGACAGUGGACCCUAAGGAGUGGGACAACAACAACACCUAAAGCUGUGUGGUCCAACAAGAACCCUGUAUUACACCCUGAUCUGUUCCACCAGUCUUUGUGCUCAUCUCCACCCUAAUCCAGGUGUUGCCCAUCUUCCCCAU